AUGAAGCAGCAUUACCCCCCUUCCACCUGCUCUAAGCUUGAGUACGUGGUUAAUCAUAUAGUGCUCCCGCCUCGCCUGCCAGGAAAGGAGGAAGUUUGCGAGGAUGAUGUCCGGUGCGAGCUUCUAGCAUUUCUUCAGGCCGCGUCUAUUACCCUCAAAGCAGAUUCUGAUGCAGAGAUAAAUGCCGUUGGACGUUCUAUCUUCAAUGUUCUCGAGAUUUGCAAGGCCACUAACCUGUAUGGAAAAUUGGAUAAAUCCUCGCUCCUACAUCAGUUCCAAAAAAUCCAGCCAAAUACUCCUAUAAUUCUUCACGUGAAAGAGCAAAAUGCUGGACUACUUAUAUGGAAGAAUGAACGAGAUGGCGAGGAGACAGUCAUCUUUGAAUCUUUUGAGGUGUCGCCGGUGUCUGAAAAAGUACUCUCUGCAGAAGGCCCACUCCAAUGGGAUUUCCCGGGCGAAACUAUUGUUAUUCCCAAUACCGUGUUUACCCAACCAUCAUUCCAGGAGUCGUUGUCCAAUUUCCUAGAGAGUGCGAGCACGGAAUCAAUAAAGAGAUUCGCUGCAGGUGUUUUGAAAGGUGGCUCAGUCGCAUUCGAGAAUCGUGAUACCACAGAUCCUGCUUUAAUCACGCAAAUGCUCAUGACUCUGCUGGAAGCAAAUGGCUCUCGAAUAUUCCCUCCACUAUUAAGGAAACGUGUCCGUGAUGAAGUUUCUUGGGCUCCGGGAGGUGGCAAACCAUGGAGAAGACUACCAUUUUGGCUUGUUCUCAGGGUGGGAAUUGAGCGACAUCUCCAUUUGCAGCUUGGUGCCACGAAAGGACGAGCAUACUAUAAGUUCCUUCUUUGUCUCAUGUUCUCGGCUAUUCUAGGUUCUGGAACCGACUCACUCUCGCCAGACCUAAUUUCACUGCUUACCGCCAAGCUAGCAAGACGUUUGGCAAAGCUGGAGGUCCAUCGGGAGAAAGCGCUCCAUAACGACAGAGUAACAUAUAAUCGAUUAUUUGACAGAUUUGAACUUUUUUUCCAGACCUCUAUCAGCAACGCUAGAAACCAUGUUGCUGAUAUCUGGAAUACAUUCAAAAGAAGCAUUCGACGCAAGAUUCCACGGUUUCCGCUCCAUGCAGAUGAAAAUUCGCAAUAUCUUUCUCUAACAAAUAGCGAGAAAGAGAUUGAGAAUGUGUUGUCACAAUACAGAAUAGAUCGUUCACGGACUGCAAAUAACCCAUCGGCAAAAGACUUCAUUCCUAAACGUUCGAACGCUUUCAAAAAGUUUGCCAACACUUAUAACUCCCUUUCACAGCGAGAGAGGGUCUCUAAUGAAGCCUUAAAGUUUCCGCACAGCUCCGCAGAAGAAACCUGCAUUGAGCUGGCAGUCAUGAUCUGGAACUAUUAUAACGAGGCUGAACCGGCGUAUAACGGCAAUCCUGAGCAGAAGAGCAUCAUGAUACUACACAUGAUGGUACUAUGGGUGGAACUUGAUAAAUGCGCUACUAAAAUUUACCCUUUACUACUCGAUUAUCACCCUGGGAUUUCGUCGAGCCUUCUUGAUGUGCUGCAGCUAUCAAGUCUUAAAGAUUCAAUUCGUCUGAACACUGUGCAGGAGUACAUAGAGACCCGAUGUACGCGGAGCCUGUCCCGAAGGACAAUUUUCGAUGAUCCAACCGAAGGGUGUUUUGCCGAAAGAUAUUUCGAUUUAUCAGAAGAUUCCUUGAGGCUUCAAAACCUCCGCUCAAAAAUUGAAUCGCAAGCGCAGAAGAAUUAUGACAGAAAAGUACAGGAGUGGCAACAAAAAAGUGAGAUAUUCGAGGCUUUGCAGAAGAAAAUUACACUAUCUUCCUGCACUUAUAUUACCAAUCGGCAUGGAGGGGUAGACCAUGACAAAAAUUGUGAAAAGUGCGAAAACCAACAUCGUGCCAACCGCAUGACUAUCCAAAUCCAUGAACACCCACUUCCAGAAAAUCCAGUCCAUGCUAGGGCGGUGGUGUUUGAGCUACAAUGUCCAGAGGCAUUCAAGUCCUAUCGUAACGCAACCUGGCUGCUAUUUGGUAUCGUUGCGUGCCCUCACGAACAACCCCCAGCGUAUCCAAGGUUGUUGAUAUCAGAGUAUCGGGAGCUCAGUAAGUUUUUUACUGGAAGCUCAGAGGGAAUUGUGCUUGCAUCGACCACAAAAUCUUUGCUAUCUACCCACUACAGAGGAGUUUACUUCCCAGUCAGGCUGGAAGACAUAUGCUUCGACAAUAAUCUAAGGGUUAGAUAUUAUGAUACCACCCAUAACAUCUUUCCUAACAGGCAAAGCCAUGUUUCAAGUGUUUCCCACCAUCUUCAGAUGCCCAACUUGACGAACUCACCGUUCUCGUCCAUAGCACCUCCAGGUAGUUUGUCUGGCUCCUCGUCCUAUGAAAUUUUAGCCAGUCAGUCUUCCUGUCCACCGGGACUGAAUGCCCACGAAUUCAUGGCGUACAAGUCUCUUUUCUCUGGCGUGGUCAGACGUUGGCCUACAAUCCUUAUUGAACUUGGUUCCUCAAACUUGAACUUCAGCACUAAAGGCCCUUGCACGUUGAUUUGUCAACUUGCAAUACAGGCAGGACCGAGAGAUACGAAUGAUGUUUUUCGAGUGGUACACAAGAUCUUCCGUGAUGAGACUUUCUGUAACCGACUAAUCAAAUUACUCGAAGAAAGAUUAACUGGGAUCGCAAUGAACUGGCGUGAGACUGAUUGCAUGGAGAUGUUGAUUACGUUGAUACUCCGGCUAUGCGCCUUAUCCCCACUGAGAACCAUUGACAAGGCCAUCUCCUUACUGAAAAAGAUUCAAGAGACCCUUUUGAAAUGGAUCCGGCUGUUGCGUAAGGAAAUUUGUGCCGCUUGUGAGCCAGACAUGAUUGAAAACUAUUCCGACUUUGCUUUCACUGUUGCCUUGUUACUGAGGAGGACGUUUGCGGUCUACCCUGAGAAUACUCCUAGAUACACGGGAAACAUGGCUGAAAGUGAUAUACGAUGCUUUAUAGAGGCUUCUAUCUCACUUCAAGACAACAUUCCCCCUGAUUUGAAAUCGCUAUCUCAUUUUCAGUGGCGUGCGCUUGUUCGAGAUUUGAAAAUGGUAUACAGGAUGCGUCCAAUACUAUUACAAUCUUUGAAAAAUCACCCUGGAAGUCUAGGUGCUGUAUUAACAGAUAUUUGGGCACAAAACACACUUUUGCUAGGGCAAAUGUCCAGCCUUCAGCUUCUAAGCGGCGACGAAUGGGCCCAACUUGUGAUAAACCCGACAAAUCAGACAAAAAGACAAGUUGUGCAUUUUCAUUUUCUUGAAGGACAUUUACUUGUCGACGGCGAACCAUUAGCAACGCUCCCCGCAAAUUACAGAAACGCCAUGGUCCUCGAUCGUCUGUUUGGAAACCAAAGGCUUCAGGUCUACCCUUCGUCGCUCCAUGGAAUGUCAUACGUCCUUCCGUUUGAAGUUAAGAAGCAAAGAAUCCAUAUUGGUUUCCGUGAUGGUAAGCCCUUUGUUCGAGCUGAGAGUAGGCGCACGAUUUACGAAUUCCUCCCCUAUGAAAUAUUCGGGGACAGGAGAAACUUUGACCUCCCUGGCUCCUUGGUUGAAAAUUGCAUUCACUGGCUUGAUCUAAAGUCUGGGACUAUCAAAAUCAGGCGGAAACCUGAUAUAUGGUAUGGUAAGGAUAGUUACUGGGAAGUCGACUUCUACAAUCGAAAAGCUCGUCGCCGCACAGUUACUUUGAUUGAUCCCCAUAGUCAGUUAUUCCGUCUUAUUGCCAACGUGUUUGAUGGAUUUGAGCACCCCGGAUACAUCACCAUAUAUCAGCCUGCAUCGAAAAACUCAUCCGUGGAGUUACGCCGCUUGGAACUCGACUUUAUCGUUACUAAAAGCGGGCAACUUAGAUGCAAGCAGCUAAACGCGUUAAUCGACAUGAAUCAAGAUGCAGGCACAUGGUAUGGGUUGAAAAGCAAGCUUGUGCUACGCGACGUGAUUGAUAACGAACAGCGCAGCAUCAUCGUUCCCAUGGGCCCACUGCAAUGUACGAGAAAUGGGAUCCAUGUUAGUGUCUUUGCUGAAAACCUUGGAACUUAUGGCCGGUUCUUCAUAAAUACAUCCCUUGGAAGACUAGAUUGCCCGGUCGAACCAUGGACUUUAUACGCCAAAGCUCAGUUUCAUGCAUAUACCUCUUUUGUUUUACCGGAUGAGCUGACAGGGCGUACUGGAACAGAAGAGGCGGUUCACUGUCUGAAGUCAAGUUACAGCCAGCCGUGGACUACGUUGAAUCCCGGCCCACUUGGGACUCUUCAAACCGUUGCACUUCUGGCCCCAACCAGGAUUUAUUAUCCUCCUGGUUCCAAGACUGUUCAGCACACAAUAUGGAAUGAGAAUCUAACACCAUGGAUUCAACACGAAAUAUUUUCAUCUCUGGUUGAGAAGAUUUUGGAAACAGAAAGGACGCUUAGGCAAUUCGGUAACAAAGAGAUCGAUCAACCGGCAGUUCGGCCUGCCAGUGAUGAUUUUUUGAUGAUUCGGGCAUAUAGGAGGAGAAAUAUCUACCAGCGGCCGAACGCCGGCUUUGACGAUCUACCAAUUGUGAAGGAUGAAGUUUACAACCCGAGAGAUCGAUUCCAGGCAGUCCGACGUCGUUCUAACGUAUUCGAAAUAAGUAGUUUGGUGAAAAACUGGUCAACAAACACAGGGUCUCAUGCUGAUUUAAUCCGACGGAUGGAAUCCUGGCCUACAAUUGGAGGUUAUAGUACAGUUUUCGAUAAGGUGCUCCUCAGCGAUAUACUCGACAUACAGUUUGACGUGUCAUGGGGCUCCCUCGUCAAUUUCUGCCGUGAUUCGGAGGAGAAAAAUAAAUACCAUCUCAUGAUGACGAUGGCUCUUAUGUCGUUUUCCAACUCCGCCGACAUGGAAAUCAUACGUACUUUGCUGCUUUUCGCCACUAUUCCAAGCCUAAAGUCCCUGACACCACCAAAUUGGGUUCAUUAUAAACAUUUUCGUUAUAAUCAACAACCUAGUGUGGUAUACCUGAGAAGACUGAUUAAUAAUUGCUGUGUUCCAUACACUGGGGAUGAACGGGGAGUUCUACCGCUUAACAUCAAGACUAGAAAGAGAUUUGAAGCUGCUGAAAGAGAGCACGAGAAACGAGUUGAGGCUAAUGCAAUCGCGUUUUCAGAGUAUAUCUUUGCUCAAUGGCCUUGCCUUGAGCCAAAAAUCCAGGGAAUGCCCGAUUUUCCGCUGUUAAAUGUCCACUUAGCCUUAAAGGUCAUUCUCCCUGAUUGGUCUCGGCUAUUCCAGAAUUCAGAACUUUCUAACUAUCUUGCCAAAGUUCAAGCCACUUUGGUUUCUGAAAUAUUUCCCACUGGGUUUAGAGGACAGGAUAUCCCCACACUUGCGAGUAAUCUGCUACGCAAAGCUUGCACGCUUUAUACCCAUGAAUCCCACCACACAAAAAACACUAUUACUACCUACAAGGCCUCCCAGGAGGAGGGUAUUAGACGUGUUUUUACCGGUUCCGACAAUCCACCAAGUCUUCUAUCACAAAGCUCAGGCUUUACACAAAUUCUCGAACUGGAAGAAAUAAUUGGUAAAAUCAAAGAUUCUCCCUCAUUGGUUAGACAUCAAUAUGGGCAUGACCUGAUGACCAGCCUUGAGGCAUUGAGAAGUAUAAAAAUCGUCAAUGAUAUCCCAGCUGACAAAGAGUUUGAUGAAUCCACAAUUUAUACAAACAUUGGGUCAGCGACACAAAAGGUUGAAUCCCAUGUCGAACACCUCAGAUCGGUCCUCAAUAAAGAUGAUUCGCGCUUCCGCUGGCUACAUCCUGCAGGCCUAUGGCCUUGCAUGACAAUGGUUACCCUCCUUGAACAUCUUCGUUCCACCUUCAAAGGAGAAUUUGGAGCUGGAAUGAAAGAGAAUCUUAUCGCACUAGCGGUCGAAAUUAUUCACAGACAACGCUUUAUUAGAAUUAAGGGUGCAUACUUGCGAAGACAGGAUAGGGUACUUGAAGAGGAAAAAAAUUGUAUGCCUCAUUCCAACUGGGAUCCUUCGCUUCAUCCAGAUUGGCUGCUAUUACAAAUUGAUGCAGAUAUUUGUAUCCGGCCCAACCAAGUUGAGGUUGCACAUGCAACAAUUUCUCCAUCUUCACAGGCAAAUGCUGUUUUACAGAUGAACAUGGGUCAAGGCAAAACUUCUUGUAUUAUCCCUAUGGUAGCUGCUGUUCUAUCGGAUACCACGAAACUCCUACGGGUAGUUGUACCUAAGGCAUUACUGCUUCAAACUUCACAGGUACUUCAGGGGAAACUCGGGGGGUUGGUAGGUCGGGAAAUACGACAUAUACCAUUCUCCCGCAGAACACCAACAAGUACAGAUAUGAUCAACAGUUAUCUCAAACUUCACAAAGAUAUCAUGUCAUCCGCCGGUAUUAUCGUGGCUCUCCCGGAGCACAUGAUGUCCUUUCAGCUGAGUGGUCUCCAGAGAUUGGUUGACAACAAGUUACCUGAAGCAAGGAGAAUGAUCAAAAUUCAUGGUUGGAUGCAGACAGUUUGCCGCGAUGUUUUGGAUGAAUGUGAUUUCACACUUGCUCCUCGGACACAACUCAUUUAUCCUAGCGGCACGCAGAGCACAGUUGAUGGCCACCCUCAUAGAUGGCAAACUGCAGAGAAACUGUUGGAACUCGUCUCGGGCCACAUUUGGGGACUUUGGCAAAGAUACCCUGGAAGUAUCGAGGUGAUUCAACGCCCUAAAGGCGGCUUCCCAAUCGUUUACUUCCUACGCAAAGAUGCAGAGGAAGCUUUGAUAUCCCAUGUAGUUAGGGACAUCAUCGACGGUCGAACUUCUGUAAUCCCUGUCCAAGGCUGUUGUCGUUCCGAAAUUAUGGACAUCAAAGCCUUCAUUUCAGAAGUGUCGAUAUCCCCUAAGACUGUUAAGCGAGUAUCGUCUUUAUUCCCUGAUAACUCAGCUGCAAGACAAAAUAUCUAUCUGUUGCGUGGGCUUCUGGUUCAUCGCAUAUUACUACUGACCCUCAAGAAGCGCUGGAAUGUCCAGUACGGCCUUCAUCCCUUGAGAGAUCCUAUCGCAGUCCCAUUCAUUGCAAAGGGUGUUCCAUCUGAACAAGCUGAAUGGGGACACCCUGAUGUCGCUAUACUCUUUACCUGUUUAGCAUUCUAUCUUGGUGGUUUGGAGCUUUCGCAAGUGAGGCAAUGCCUUGAUGAUCUAAUGAAAUCCAGCGACCCGUCCACCAUAUAUGAACAAUGGAUUACCAAUUCGGAGAAGCUCCCUAAAAUCCUUCAAGAUUGGAACUCGAUAAACACCGAGGAUGAAUCCCAAGUCUAUCAACUUUGGAGCCACCUCCGCUACCAAAUGCCCCUCAUCAACUAUUUCCUGAACCAGUUCGUAUUUCCAAAACAUGCGAAGCAAUUCAAAGUGAAACUGCAGGCUUCAGGAUGGGAUAUUCCAUUGUCAUCACCUCACGCAAAUCUUGGAACAAUGACAACAGGGUUUAGUGGAACGAAUGACAACCGUACAAUUCUUCCAUUGACAAUCAAACAACAGGACCUUAGUUCCCUAGUACACACAAAUGCUGAAGUCCUAACUUUUGUUCUUCGGGCCCGCAACUACGUUGUUGCUAAAGAUUCUGAGGGGAAGCGUUUGACAGAAGAGGGGCUUCUAGCUCUUUUGAAGCGUAUGGAAAUACGCAUAUUGAUAGAUGCAGGUGCCCAAAUACUGGAGAUGGAUAAUCUGAGCCUAGCAAAAGUGUGGUUAAAAGUGGACCAUAGCGCCCCGGCAGCGAUGUAUUUCGACCCUGAGAACAAGCCUUAUAUCAUAUAUCGCAACGGCUAUCGGGUUCCUCUUCUAGCUUCACCUUAUGCAGAGAACCUGGCGGAUUGCCUUGUGUAUCUUGACGAGGCCCAUACUCGAGGAACAGACCUAAAGAUCCCAGCAGAUGCAGUUGGGGCCCUUACACUGGGACUAGGGCAAACGAAAGACCACACAGUACAAGCUGCCAUGAGGCUAAGACAGCUCGGUACUACACAGUCGAUUACAUUUUUUGCCCCCCCUGAGGUUCAUCAUAGCAUACUCGAUUCUCGGAAACUUCCAUCCUCUGCUCCUGUAACCGCUGCUGACGUUAUCUACUGGCUUUUGGUUCAAACCUGCAUUGGAAUUGAGCAAAUCCAGCCCUUAUACUUCUCACAGGGGAUGGACUUCUGCCGUCGGAGGCAAGCCGCUGUGGAUACCCCUAAGUAUUUGACCGACCAGGCCCAACGGCAGCAAUAUUGCAAAGCUCUCCAGCAGGAGGAAAUGCAAACCUUGCAAGAGCUUUUCAGGCCAAUUGCAAAAGUGAAGUCAAAGGCUACCGUCGCUGCCUAUGCCCCUCACAUUGCAACACAUGUCAAGGACCUUGAGCACCGGAAGAAAGGAUUUCAGGAUUUUGGAGACGCUGUUCACAGCUCCGCUCUACAGGAAGUAGAACAAGAACGAGAGGUUGCAUAUGAAGUUGAAGCCAUUCGAGAAGUUCAAAAAGCCCCGCGUUUUAAGGCACUAAACUUCCCCGGCAUUCACGAAGAUAUUGAAUUAUUCUGUCGUACGGGGACGCUGACAAGCUAUUCCUCAGCGUACCAGCAAGCGUUCAUUGCUUUGAGAAAUACCGGAAUCGGUCAGAAACAUGGUAUAAACUCAUGUGCUACUUCGUCAAAAUUGUUUCUUUCCAAGGAAUUCUUCAAAACCGUACGGUUACCUGUUGGCGAGUACAACGAUAACUACAUACGUCAAGUGAAUUGGAUAUUAUGGAAUCCCACCACAGAAGCUGCCCUUGUCGUCAUUCCUGAAGAAGCAGAGCUGCUGAUUCCACUUCACCAAAACGCAAAACACCUUCACACUCGACUAUUGACCUACGCUGCUCCUGUAACCCGUGGAAUGCUACACUUUAGCAAUUUGGACUUUUACUCCAUGCCACCAUUGCCUGAAAAUUGGAAAGCACCCCUCUGGCUUACCGUUGAGCUUGGGAUUUUAGCUGGUCGGGUAUACUUUGAUUAUUCUGAAUACGAAUCUAUCUGCCACUAUCUUGGACUUACAAGCUCACCAGUCGAAACUGCUCCAAGCCAUGAGGAGAGCGAAGUGGAAUCCAAGGAACCAACCCAGGACAUGGGUGGAGAGAGUGUCAUCCACACCAAUAAUCCUACAUUUACUCCCAAACCAUUGUCUUUCCUCCAGGAGUGGCUAGCUCUAAGGCGAAAGGGCCAGGAUUUUAGCAACACGCCAAUGGGGUAUAUUUGCCAGGGCAAAAUACUAAACGAAAGGAGUCCUUUUUUCUCUUCAGGCCGGGAUAUUCGAGUGAAUGUUCCAAAGCUCAAAGCUACUGAUGGCAGAUCCGAUGGUGGGAAUGUCGAAAGUCCUGGAGCGAGCGACUAUGAAUCAGAAGAUAUUGAAGAUCAAAGACGAGAAUCGACUGGGAAAAGGGAAAUAUUUACGGAUGACAGCAGUGAAAGCGACUAUCAUGAUAAUGCCAUUGAGUGA